UUCUCUCUCUCUUUCUCUCUCAAAAAUAAACUGCUAAAAAAAAUUUUUUUUUAAGAAAGUAAUGUUCAAUGUUGCUGGUAAUAAGAGAAAUGUAAAGUUAAACAUUACCAAAGAUUUAAAAAAAUAAAACCCAAUACUUGUGAGGCUAUCGUAAAAAAAAUAGGCACUCUUACUCCUAAUGGCUGUGAAAACCAGUUUAAUCCUUGGAGAAAGCAUUUCUACCAUAUGUAUCAGGGGCCUUAAUAAAUCUUACCAUCCCUUGAUAGUGAUUUUGAUUCUUGGAAGUUUAUUUUAAGGAUAAAAUACUAAGAAAAGAGAAAGUUAUAGAAAAAAAGAGAUUUAUAUAAUUUUAUUUAUAAUAUUAAAGCAUUAGAAAUAGCUUAAAUGUCUAACAAUAGAAAAAUGGUUGGGUAAUUUGUGGUUCAUAAUAUUAGAAUAUUAUGCAAUUGGUUAUGUUUAUUGCUCUACCAUUUACUCCCUGUAUGACCUUGGACCUGUUACUUAAUCUUUUAGUACCUCAGAUUUUUCAUUGGUAAAUGGGAAUAAUCUCUUAGGUUAUUCAGAGUAUUAACUAGUUAAUACUGUCUAGAAUAGUGCCUAGUAAAUGACAUCCAGUAAAUUUUAAUGGUUAGUUAUUGUUAAAAAGUUUACAAUCAUGUAUGAAAAAUAUAAUGCAAAAAUAGGAUACAAAACUCUGUGGUAGGACAUAGAUAUGCAGAAAACCUAAAAACAGAAAAUCCAUUAAAAACUGUGUGUAAGGAAAAAUACUGGACCUACUCAAAAAUAUUAAUAUGGUUGUCUGUAGAUGAAGUAGUUUUUCUUCUAAUAUGUUUUUCUAUAUUUUCUAGAUUUUCUAUAAUCAACAUAUAAAUGAAAAAAACCCUUCAUUUUAAAAUUAAGUUGAAGAUUGCACAGCCCUGUGGAUAUACUGACCACAUUAAACUGUACACUUAAAAUGGGUGAAUUAUAUGGAAACCCAAGGACCAAAUUGCUAUCAAAUAAAAUAUUUCCUGGGCUUCAAAAUAGUUAAUUGAAUUUCAACAAAGAUUCAAUAAGGAGCAGAUAUAACUUUAAAGUAAGCUAGAAGGUCCAGCCUCAAAAACGUGUCUGACCUUUUUGUGAUGGGAGGAGCUCUUGUUUUAGAAUCUGCAGCUCUCUUGCACUGGCUAGAGAGAGAGGGUUAUGGACCUCUAGGAAUGACCGGAAUAUCCAUGGGAGGACAUAUGGCUUCCUUAGCAGUAUCCAACUGGCCUAAGCCCAUGCCAUUGAUCCCAUGUCUGUCUUGGUCCACAGCAUCUGGAGUCUUCACUACGGGUGUGCUAAGUAAAUCGAUUAAUUGGAGGGAGCUGGAAAAGCAGUAUUAUACACAGACAGUUUAUGAAGAAGAAAUUAUUCACAUGCUUGAAUAUUGUGGAACAGAUUCUUUCAAAAUGGGACAAGAGUUUGUGAAACAGUUCCCUAUUCGUGCAGACAAGCUAACUAACCUUAAUCUGGUGUCUAGAACUUUAAAUUUAGAUAUGACAGACCGGGUUGUAUCCCCAAAACCUAAUGACUACCAUAAAUCUAGUAAAACAUCUAUCAGUGCCACAUCAGAAAGACUCUUGUUGCAAGAUACCUCUAAGAUGGAGUGCUUCAAUCAAACACUUACAACCAAUAAAAGCAGUUAUGCAAGUUGCGGUCCUCAGUCAUAUCACUUACUCAGUAAAGAACAAAGAAGAAACAAUCUUCAGAAAGAAUCUUUAAUAUUCAUGAAAGGAGUCAUGGAUGAAUGUACUCAUGUGGCAAAUUUCUCAGUUCCAGUUGACCCAAGCCUCAUUAUAGUGGUUCAAGCCAAAGAAGAUGCCUACAUUCCACGAACAGGAGUUCGAAGUUUACAAGAAAUUUGGCCUGGUUGUGAAAUCCGGUAUCUAGAAGGGGGUCAUAUUAGUGCUUAUCUUUUUAAACAAGGACUCUUCAGACGUGCCAUCUAUGAUGCAUUUGAACGCUUCCUCCAUAAAUACGCUAACUAAUUGGAUAUCAGUAUAUAACCAGUAUGGCCAUCAUGUUUUUUAGAAAAAGAGUUUCAUCCUUUCAUGAUGUGAAGAACAAGCAGACAGCACUAUAUAUCUAAUUGGUAUUAAUUUAGUCUGGAAUUCAUUGAUAUAAAUCAGUCGGUCAUCAGCAAUCUUUAAAUACGUUUGAAUAAUUUUAAACCAAUAUUUGGAUGAAAUAAUGUUGAAAUAUUUUGUUAUUGUUUUGUGGGAAUCCCAUAUACUCAAUAUCUAGUCUGCUGUUACUAUUUAUGAAAACUUUAAAUUUUUAAUUGUGAAUAACUUAUUAAUUAAAAUAAAUUUAUUCAUUGAAGUCCUGUUGGUUUUUAAAGAACUGCUAAAUCAAACUAAGUUUGUAAUACAUCAGCCUGUACUGUAUACCUUUAUGUGAUAGUUCUACUAUUAACUUGAUUUGAAAACAUGUUUCUUUUUAGGAUUCAUAGUGAAUUUAUAAUCUUAAUUGCAAUUUAAUUUCUGCCAUGGAAAUACUUAAUCAUGUGUAAAAUCAGUGUUAACUUUGAAUUCUAAAAAAAUUCUAAUGGCCUCAUACGUACGUGGUUUUAAUAAUUAAAACAAAUGUGGGAAUGCAAAUAAGAUGCAUAUGACUUGGCUGUACUUUCAAACUUUGCCAAAUACUAGGUUAGAAAACAAUGCCAUAAAAAAUGUGAAUUCACGAAAAAUGGAAAUAACGAAAGACUUAUUGCAUUACUUGAUACUGUGUCUUAACAUUUUCUUAUAUACCUACCCUGGGUUUGCUAAACAUCUAACUUUAAUUAGAUAUACUUAACAGCCUUGGCUUUAUAAUUUCAGAAAUUAAACGCCACAUAUGAAAUUGGUUUGUUCCACAUGACUUUGUUUUACAGAAAAGUGAUAAUAAUACUAACUUUUUUAAGUGGAAGAUUAUAUGGCUAGAUUUGGUGCUGUGCUUUUAUUUUAUGUUAAUCUUCUCAAGCUAAGAUCUAAAAUGUUUGAGAAAAGUAGAAAAUAUUUUUGAGUAUUGUAUCAAGAUUUGGAAUAAAUGUAUUUGAGUUUUA